AUGAGCAAUUCUUGCCUAGUUGGUGAUCGACGUGAAACGGAAGAUGACCACUGGAUUUUUGAACAACUUGGUAGCCCAGAGAAACCUGCAAGAAGAUUGAACUCACCGCCUGACGAUGUCGACUCUAUUGAAGCGGUUCGCAAUAAUUUUGAGAAGAAGCUUCCAAUAUAUGCUGACAAUAUGCGGAAAUUAAUAAUCACAGCUCGAAAAGAAAUCAGCGAUUUAAAACUCGAAAACACUUCCCUAAAACAAAAACUGCAGGCUAGUGGUCUAACUGAAUGCCCAGCAUGUUUGUUUCGUUUCAAACCAGAGAGAGAACAUCGUGUGCUUCCGAAGUACAUUAAGGUAUUUCGAGGAAAAUUGUCAAUCGAAAUCGAGUUCUUCUCCUUGGAGCAAAUGUCGGAAUGGUUGACACUGAAUAAGCUUGACGAAAAUGCCGAUGGACUUCCUACUAUGGUGCAACGUGAAGAUCACAAACCAGAUUUGAAAUCGACUGGAAGUUUGCUGUACAAACUAGUCAAGGAAAAACAAGAAUUUGAGGCAAAAAACAAGAAAGUAGUAAUUAGUAUUCGACCUCGUUCACGUGACGAAUGUACAAAUGCGUCAGCAAGCAGUUCUUCCUCGGAUCGACUUCUUCCACAAAAGAGAAUUAUGGCGAAUUCGGCAGCACAGGGUCUCGCAAACGUUUCAAAGAAUUGUUUGGAGAGUAAAUGCUCUAAUGACAGUGAUAAAGAGGACAUCGAGGAGUCGUUUACUUCUUCACAUUUUAUUCCUAAGGAUUUUAAUAGUAAGCACAACCAAGGUGAAGCACAGGUAGCUGUAAAGCAUUGUCUUUAUCCUGAGUUACUGGAAACAAACCAGCGCAAUGAAGCGCCCAGUAUAACCGACACGAGAAUUCCUGAGCAGGGUGAGAACUAUGACCGUGAUGAGGCAUCUCAAGUUUGUUGUAAUGAGUUGAUGAAAAGGAUGAAAAAUGACGGUGGACCAGCUGCAAAUGACAGCUGUGAAAAAAUUCUCAACAAGCACGAGACUCACGCGAAUAAGGGAGAGGAGAAGACCAACGGCCACCAAUAUCCAAGAAAAAACGAUAGCUCUGAGUGGAUUUCCAACAAUCGACGGACUCAUGUUGACAAGAAAGAAGAUACAAUCAGGCGCCAGCCCUGGAGAACAGUUUUCGGCAAGGAAAACGCUAGCGGAGUGUCUAGUGCAAGGGCGAUGUGUAGUCAAAUUAAUAUACAUGAAACAAAUCGCAAGCAUGAUGUUCAUGUAACGCUGAAGAAUUACUCUCCAAGGAGUUUGUCUAAAAGCUUGUUGAAACCAAUGUAUAAAAUCGGAUUUUCCAAUGAGGGUCAGAAUGAAGGAAUAAGAACCGAUGGACAGUAUUGGAAAAUUAAGAACGAGAAUGAGAUCUCAAACAAACUUAGUAACAUAAAAGCAACUGAAGUAAAAAAUGGGCUCAACGAGCAUCAAAAUGAGAAUCAGAAGAUUGACGUGGAGAAAUGACAGCAUGUUGGAAGAAGUCCUGCUGAUGGUGGAGCGAAACCCAAAUCGCCAUUACGUAGUCCCAGAGAGAAACGAAGGAAACGCUGUAUAUCUCCUCUCAGGGAAGACUGCAGAAAUGUAGAUUCUGUAGAAUGUGGUACUGCUCCCAUUCCAAUCGGCGAUUUGAUUGUUGUUGACGAGGAAGAUGUUGAAGACGGGGAAAUUGUAGAAUAG